AUGACGGGCAUCGUAUCAGAGUUCCCCGCGUCCUUCGUGGGCCCCUGGACCGAACUACUGCAGUCGCACAAGAAGGACCAGGAUCACGACUUUCCCAAUUACUAUGUGGACCGCCCUGAGUCGCUCAUCACUUCCAGCGUGCCCAAAGCUCUCUAUGUCGGCACUGGCUUGACCAUCUUCACCCGCGCGCUGCUGCCCGCCAUCCUCAACGCCAAACACUCUGUCAACUUUGUGACUUGCUACUGGGCGGAUUCGCCUACCCUCAACUCCUUCCGGGAGACCCUCAUCAAGCUCGCCUCUGCGAGGGCUGAGAACCCGAGUGAAGUCCCUCUCAAGGUGACGAUUGGCUUCUCUUCGUCUGGCCUCUUCCAGAAGCUGCUGCAUACCUCCUCUCGCGAGGGCCAUGUCUACCCUCCCAGCAAGUGGCCUAGCCUGGGCCUCCCCAACGAGGAGCUCUUGAGGGCCGGCAACAUCGAGCUCUCCGUCAAGAGUCUGUUCUUUACUCCCUUCAGCGUCAUGCAUCCAAAGUAUCUCAUCGUGGACGGAGCCAAAGCCUGGGUUCCUAGCUGCAACGUGAGCUGGGAGAGGUGGUUUGAGGGUUGCGUUGAACUAGAGGGUGAUGUUGUGAUCCAGCUCGCAGCUUUUCAAGACGGCGUCUGGGGCACACUGGCCUUUCCCGAGUCUCGGGAAGAAGACACCCAUAGGAACACAUUGCAUGCCACGAGCCGGUCAUCCAAGAGGGCGUCGAUGCUCAUCGGCGGAGUGGAGAAUUCUGCUACGCAGUCCCUCAAGUUCCCGGAAAUGCCACCAGUCCCUACCAUCUUCCUACCUUCGUCGCAUCACCGGAAUCCACGCUUCAGCGUCUUCCCCAUCCUCUCACAGUCUAGACCACCCAUCACGCCCCUCAACGCUGCUCUUCUUACCUUGUUCAACAACGCCCAGCGAAGCAUCAACAUUGUGACGCCUAAUGUGACGGCGUGGCCCUUUAUGGAGGCUCUACUGGCUGCUCUUCAGAGAGGCGUAGACGUGCAAAUUCGCACCAGCAAGAACAUGAUGAAUAUUGAGCAGAUCAUCACUGCCGAGACUACAACUGCCAGGUGUCUGGAUCGCUUCAUUAAGGAGUACAAAGCUCUCAGCCAGCGCCAGGGUGACCUGGAAGCCCAGGACGAAGAGGUCGGCCGACUGGAAAUCCUCUACUAUCAGCCCCUGGAAAGCAGGGCGGGCGAGGAGGACGAGCCUGUGCUCAGCCACUUCAAGAUGACGAUGGUUGAUGAAGAGUACCUGGUGCUCGGCUCUGGUAACCAGGACAGAGCGAGUUGGUGGACAAGUCAGGAGAUUGGAAUAUUGUUUUACGUCUCAUGCUUUGAAUGGCGUCGCUUAUGGGAGGGCGUCCUUGAAAAACGUGCCGAAACUCUCUUUGAUUCCCUCGCGCCGGAUCCUCAGCCUGAAUGA